AUGAGAGUUGUUGAAGUUGAUCCCCUCGGAAAUGCCCAUAUUUCCUUGCUGAGUGAUUCUGUUUGGCCUCCUCCUCCUCCUCCUCCUCCUCCUCCUCCUCAUCCUCCUUCUUCUUCUUCUUCUUCUUCUUCUUCUUGUUCCUAUUCUCAUCGUUCUCUUCUCUUCCUGUUCUUCCCUCUUCUCAUUGUCUUCCUCAUCUUCAUCUACAACUUCCUUCUCUCCUCCCUACCCCUGUCCCCACUCCUCCUGAUCCUCUUCUUAUUCAUCUUCCUUCCUCUCCUCCCGCCACUGCUCCCUUUACUUUUCCUCUUGUCCCUUCCCUUAAUCUCCUUGCCCGUCCUCCGCAUCACUCUCCAUCACUCCUUCCCCCCAGAUUUCGUGCUGCGUUCAAUCCUGCCUUUGUUGCCACCAGCUGACCCAAAUUGUGCUCUCCAGACCUCUUCAUUUGAUUAUUGCACAGACGAAAAAGCCCUGCUUAAUUAG